UUUUAUUUGGUCAGCGUCACAACUCGCUUCAAACGCGUCUCUACCUCUAGCGGCAGCUAGUUUUGAUGAAUUUCAACCCUUACCCUGACAAUUACGAACAAAAUUCGAAUUUUGACUAUGCCAUGGCGAAUCCUGAACUAACGGCAGCCGCAGAGGUAGGCAUGAUAUCAACUAUGCCGCCACAAAAGUUUGAAAGCGCGAUUGAUUUCCUUGAAAGGGUCAAAAAAGUCUAUGCAGAUGAACCAUCUGUAUAUAAUUCGUUUUUGGAUAUUAUGAAGGGAUUCAAAACACAAAGAAUUGAUACACCAGGAGUGAUUAGCAGGGUUCAUAAACUGUUUGCGACUCAUCCUGAUUUGAUAUCGGGGUUCAGUAGUUUUCUGCCUAAUGAAUAUAAAAUGAGCGCACACACGGCGUCGGGAAACGGGGAAGGCGGGUCACCUUCUGGAGAAACGAGCGCAAAUGUCAACGAGGCGCAACAGACGAGAUCGUCUCCUGGUCAGUCCGGAAACACAUCUCCUGCAUACAAUCGUCCUCCUUCGCAGCGUGGCGGAGCGAAUUCUGGAGGCCAUAGCGCAAACGAAGUACAACACGGAUCAGCCCCUGCAAACAAGGCCCACGCAUCGUCUUCGAGCAGUUCUGGUUCGUCUUGUUCGUCCAAGCCUCUCUCAAUUCAGCCUGGCCAAGUGCCUGGAAAUUCGAACUUGUCUUCUAUGACACCGGGUUUGCCCAUAUCUAUGAUGUCCUCUGCCGCUAUGGUGCCCGUGACGAUACCUCCGGCUACGGGCGGCAUACAGCUGCCCCUGCAAGCGCUGCCGACGAUUCAAACGAUGAACACCCAUCUUCUGAACGGAAACGGCUCCGCGAGUGUUAACAUGCACGGGGGCAGUCCUUCUGUCGGAGCCGCUCAGGGAUACCAACAGCCGACCGCUGCCGUCGGCGCGACCGCUCCUGGGUUCGCGGCUCGGUCCAAUCCGGAGCUCGGAGAAGAACACGCGCGUUUUUACGUUAGAAAGAUCAAGGCGAGGUUCAAUAAUCAGCCGCAUAUCUAUAAGGCGUUCCUAGACAUUCUGCACAAUUUUCAUAAAGAGUGGCAUACAAUCAACGAUGUACUAAUGAAGGUCUCACAUUUGUUUAAGGGUCACGACGAUUUAUUGGCGGAAUUCGCCCAAUUUUUGCCCGAUUCUGCGACGUCGUCUACACAAGCGUCCCUUCAUCAAGUCAAUUCGGCCCAUGCCUCCGCGUUGCAUAUGCCGCCCCACGCCGUUGGGAAGAUGCCUGCGGGGUCCAACAUGCCGUAUUCGUCCCCGUCUGGGGGGAAGCAUCAUUCAUCGAACAGGGGGUCUACGAGAAGUGGCGCAUCGGCGAAUGCGUCUGUCAAUUCCGUCGAUUCCGGCGUUCGUCGGAGUAAUGGAUCCAUGCCUCCAGGCGGCAGCAAAGUGAUGCCCAUGUCGUCGUUCAACCACUUGAACACCAUUUCCCCGGAAUUUUCCCCGGCGCUGUCCUUGUACCAGAAUAGCAUUGGCGCGAUGCCCUCAUCUUUGACUGUGCCUUCUCUCAAUCCGCAGGCGACGCAGCAGGGGUCUUUGCCUUCGAAUCAGUUGGUGCCGAGCACUUGGAUGCAGCCGCAGAUGACGCAGCUUCAUCCGAUCUACACGCCGUCCGCGGCCUUCGACGUGGGCCACCUGUCGAUGUCCACGUCCCCCCUGCUGCUUUCCGCUCACCAGGGGCCUUCGCCGGCGCCGGACCCGGGACAGAGAGACGGGUCGUACGGUACCUUUGAGGAGUUGUUCCAUUUCUUCAAGAUCCGACAGUCGCUCUCUUCUACGGAUUAUGAAAAUUUUUUGAAGCUGCUGAACACUUACAACGCCGACAUGUUGAGCAAGGUGGAGCUGUACCACAUGGUUCGCGACCUCCUCAAGCAUCACCCGGAGUUGUUGGAUUGGUUUCGGUCCUUCAUCCAGGUGGAGGACGUGAAGCACGAUCAUCUGUCUGGUUGUCCGCCCCACGGGUCGAGCGCUCUGCAGACGUCUAGUCCGGGCGCCGCGAGCGACUUCGACUGGAACACGUCGGAGAAGUUGGGUCCGAGUUAUCGGGCGGUUCCGUCCGGAUGGAUGACGUGGAAGUGUUCGGGGCGAGCUCAGAACGAGAUUUGCAGCCAGGUGCUGAACGAUCAGUGGGUUAGUUUGCCGGUUGGCAGCGAGGACGGGUCUUUCAAGAGCACGAGGAAGAACCAGUACGAGGAGCUUUUGUUCAAGUGCGAGGACGAUCGAUACGAGUUGGACUUGUUGAUUCAGACCAACUUGUCGGCGAUGAAGACGCUUGAGAUGCACAUGAUGACCAUGCGCAGUUUGCCGUCUGUGGAGUUGGUUCAGUAUCAGAUUAAGGAGUCGGACCUGGACGUGAUGACGGUUCACUUUAUUCGGCGGCUCUAUGACAGUCGCGGGGACGAGAUCAUCAAGUAUCUGUUGGCGAGGCCGGCGGUGGCGUGCGGGGUCGUGUUGAGUCGUCUGAAGCAAAAGGACAUGACAUGGUCGGUGGCGUAUCGGGAGUGGAACGUGAUUUGGAGAGAGAUCAACCAGAAGACGUAUUUGAAGAGUUUGGACCACCGGAGCGUGAGCUUCAAGCAGGAGGAGAAGAAGUUGUUGAAUCCGAAGACGUUGAUCAACGAGAUGGCAAAGAAGUGCGAGCAGGAGCAAAAGUCGAAGUUGGAGGGACAGCAGCAGGGGAUGGCGACAUCGGCGCUUGGCGCGAUGUUUAGUCAGGUGUCUGGGGAGAGGAGGGGGGACGGUGCGUCUUCUGUGAACGUGGUCAAGGUGGAGGCGGCUGAGAAGAGGGAGUCGAGGGGCGUGGUGGCGACUAGGUCGGCGAGGGAAGAGAAGUUGGCGAGGGCGCCGCCUGAGUCUGCCGGUCAGGUGCCGGAGGAGGCGGCGGCGCAGACGUCUGAGUCGUUUGUGGCGUGUUCGUCGUCUGCGUUGUAUGCCAGGGAUUUUCAGAUACAUGCGGCGAUUUUGGAGAGGCUCCACCACCCGAUUAUGGCGUUUGAGGUAGGGCCGAAGCAUUUGCUGUCGGACGUUUACGCGUUGUUGCAGGUGACGCUGCGCGUUCAUUUUCAGAAGGUGGAGAGGGAGAAGUUGGAUCGGUUUUGGUCGUCUUUGAUUUUUCCGUUUUUUAAGUUGGACGCGUCGACGCCGAGUUCGCUUUCGUGGCCGACGGGGGACAAGUUGCUAUUUGGGAAGAGGCCGCAGUGUUGCAGGGGGGGUGGGGGGGCCAGAUCGGCGGAGUAUUGGUUGUGCGAGGCGUCGACGGCGCAGCUUUUUGGGUCGGAGGAGUCUGGGGACGAGGAGGACGAUUUGCCGUCUUUGGAGCACGUGUCGUUGUCGGCGUGCAUUCAGCCGGACUGCUACAUGCCGUCGGAGGUGCAGUGCAUUGAGAUGGCGGCGAACAAGCCGAUGGUUGUGGAGCACGACGGGUUGUUUCCGCCGUUUCCGUGUUCUUUGUUUUUUGGAAGCGAGAGUUACUACCUCAUGUACCGAUACCUGCAGAUUUUGCUGGAGCGCCUGAACGAGGCGUACGAGCUAGCGGCGCGAGCGCCGGCGGCGUGGAACAUACCGGAUCCGGAGUUGGAGGCGGAGGAGAGGUUUGCUCUGGGACAGUACAGCCGCUCGAAGUUGCACGCGCAAGAGCAGGGGGGGUUGGUGGAGCGCCAGGCGGAGGAGGAUUCGAGCGCGGCGUCGAAGCGCAGGGGGUCGGGGUUGGACGGGGGCGCGCAGGAGGGGCGUUCGAAGGAGAGUGAGGGGGAGGAGGAGGGUGCGGGUAGGGAGAGUGGUAGGCGACACGCGGAGGAGAGUCGCGGCGAGAGUGGGAAGGAGAGUGGUGAGAGGAGUGCGGAGGAGGGUUUGGGGCAGCAGAGGGUGGGGAAGAAGUCGAGGCCCAAGCCGCUGUCGGGCGCGGAGGAGUUUGCGGCUAAGAAGUUCAAGACGGGAGCAGUGGACGGUGGAUUGAGUGGGUUUGUGGAGUGUGCGGGGGCGGUGGGGUCGGGAGAGAUAGUGUCGAUUAUGGGGGACGGGACGAACGAGAAGUUGCUGAAUUUGUUCUUGUACGAGCGGAUGAGGACGGGUUCGAUUUCGGACGCGGUGUAUUGGUACAAUUGUCGUCAGCUGUUGAGUGACAAGAGCGUGUACAUGUUUACGUUUGAGGAGACGGAGGAGAAGAGCGUGUUGGGUUUGUCGAGGUUGAGUAUCAAGUGCGAGUUGGUGGGGGAGUUGGAGAAGCAGGACGAGAGUUGGAUGAGGUAUUUGAUAGAGUGGUCGCAGAGUUACCCGAAGUGGGAGAAGGGGAAGAUCGUGCUGGACGUGCAUGACGGAAGGCGUGCGGACUACGGGGAUUUGGUGUCGGCGCUGGCGAAUUACUCGGGGUCGCCGUUGUUUUUGGAGAGGAGUUUGCGGCGCGCGAGGGAGGCGGUUGAGAGGAGGUUCGUGCUGGAGAACGGUUUGGGGAUGACGAUCUUGCCGCAGACGUACAAGCUUCGUUUCGUGAGCGGGACGGAGGACUUUUUCCAGAGGUCGGGGAGGGGGGUGAGGCACGAAGUGAGGAGUGGGGGAACGUUGGGGUUCGUGCAGGUGUGA